GGGAACAUACAUGGGCGCGGGAAGCGAUUGCUAUCAAGUAGCACCUGACUAAUUAUACGCAUAUGCAGCGAUGCCCAAAAAGAACUAUUUCGGACGGUGCUAUGCUUCUCGUCUCUCCAAGACGUGGAGAAUGUUUAUAUUCCCGCCGUCGCUCAAAGCAUCGCCAGAUAAAUUUAUCUCUACAUACAUUUCAACGUCGUUAUGGAAGCCCUCAAGUCCUUGAGCUCUCUCCUUUUCCCUGGUCAGGCUCCAACGCCAUCUGAAAAGCUCGACGAACCACCAUUUGCUCAUGCGAACCCAAGCAAAGCCAUCAAGGCAUAUUUACUCGAACGGAGCGCCGAAUUUCGAGAGAUUAGCGAGCUCCGGCAACGAGGAUGGGACAACCCCGAGGGGGACUCUUUCUUUCAGAAGCAGCGGCAAAACGCCGACAAGUCCGACGACCGGACAGCUGCGUACUUCUUCGAGCUGAUGAGACGCAUCGGACAUGAGCUUCAUCGAUCUACGGGCGCCUUCGCUGUACAGCCCGGCUCGCCGCAUCCAAACAUCCUCGACAUGUGCAUGGCGCCAGGGGGGUUUCUCGAUGUCGCCCUGAGCAAAAGUCCGACUUCCAGAGCCUUGGCUUUUAGCUUACCCGCAUCUGAUGGUGGCCACAAGGUCCUACUCCGCAUGACGUCGAACGUUGAGAUAAGGUAUCUCGAUGUCACCAUGCUCGCGGCAGAUAUGGGGGUCGAGGAAGUUCCCAAGGACCACCCCGAUGCCGAUAGAUUCCUACCACGCCAGCUCGAGCCGCGCCAAUCUUUCGACCUGGUCUUCUGCGACGGUCAGGUUCUUCGAACGCAUGCGCGGGCCCCGUAUCGAGAGCGGCGAGAAGCGAAGAGGUUGUCGGUCACGCAGUUGGCUCUUGGACUCGAGCACCUGCGACCAGGGGGGACCAUGGUUGUUCUUCUUCACAAGCUUGAGGCAUGGGACACCGCAAAUCUCUUGCGGAUAUUCCACAAAUUCUCUACCGUGAAACUUCUAAAGCCCAAGUCAGGCCACGCCAAACGCUCUUCCUUUUAUAUGGUAGCUACGGACGUCCGAAGUUGUCACCCUCAGGCUGUUCGAGCGAUCGAUAUUUGGAAAGCUGCAUGGAAAGCAGCCACAUUCGGCUCGGACGAGGAGUAUCAGCGCAUGUUAUGGAACGGCGAGCUUGGUGCGGAACAGCUGCUCGACGACUUCGGACUGGAGCUCAUGGCGUUGGGAAAAGAAAUUUGGAAAGUCCAAGCAGACGCACUCGCGAAGGCGCCUUUUAUUCAACAUACGUCAGCUAGCCGGUAGUGCGAAUACAUCACAUAAAAAUAGUAUGUACGCCGCUGUUUUGAUUAGUAUUAAUAAGUACAGUAAGUCGGCGUUCUUCUUUGGGUUAUUUACUUGAUCUGGACUUUUCAAUAUGACCGGCGGUUUUGUUAGUAUGGCAACUGUGACAUGAUAUCGUUGCUUCGCGGUCAAUCAAUUAUUUAGGGGGUUUGUCAUACGGGAGGGCGGA